GUGGAGGACAGUCACCGCAUCCCCCCAUCUCCGGUCGUCCACGUCCGAGGACUGUGCGAUGCUGUGGUGGAGGCUGACCUGGUGGAAGCCCUCGAGAAGUUCGGCAACAUUUGUUACGUCAUGAUGAUGCCGUUUAAGCGGCAGGCCCUGGUGGAGUUCGACAGCGUGGAGAAUGCCGAACGUUGUGUGACGUGUGGAGCCAGCGAGGCCGUCUACAUUGCUGACCAGCAGGCCUUCUUUAACUUCUCCACGAGCCAGAGGAUCACCCGACCCACCAACGCAGACGACCCCACCAGCAGAAACAAAGUCCUGCUGCUGUCCGUUCAGAAUCCACUGUACCCCAUCACCACCGACGUGUUGUACUCAGUGUGUAACCCUGUGGGGAGCGUCCAGCGUAUCGUCAUCUUCAAAAGGAACGGCAUCCAGGCCAUGGUGGAGUUUGAGUCGGUGGAAGGCGCGCAGAAGGCCAAGCUGGCUCUGAAUGGAGCUGACAUUUACUCCGGCUGCUGCACGCUUAAGAUCGAAUAUGCUCGGCCCAACAGACUGAACGUCGUUCGCAAUGACACCAGCAGCUGGGAUUACACCAAACCCUUUCUCCUGCACCGAGAUCGUGGGAAAGGACGGCAUCGUCAAGCCAUCCUAGGAGAACAUCCAUCCAAUGACUAUGGUCCACACUGCCCCCUUCUGCCUCUUCCUGCAAACAGCAGGUACAGGAGGAGCCAUGAGCCCGUUCAAGAGAUGAUCUCUUACCCACCACUGCUCCCAAAGGCCUUCUCCUCUGCACAGUCCUCCUCUUCCAUUCUGGGCUCUAGCUCUGUCGCCAUGGUGAGCAGCCUCCAUCCAGCCAAGAUGAACUGCAGCCGCAUCUUCAACCUCUUUUGUCUGUACGGCAACGUGGAGAAGGUGAAAUUCAUGAAGAGCGUUCCUGGAACAGCACUGGUGGAGAUGGGUGAUGAGUAUGCUGUGGACCGAGCAGUGACUCACCUCAACAGCAUUAAGGUGUUUGGAAAGAAGCUCAACGUCUGUGUGUCCAAGCAGCAGGCGGUGAUUCCCAGUCAGGUGUUUGAGCUGGCCGACGGCAGCAGCAGCUACCAGGACUUCAGUUUGACCAGAAACAACCGCUUCAGCAGCACUCACAGCAACAGGAACAUCAUCCAGCCGCCCGCCGCCGUGCUGCACUUCUAUAAUGCCCCGCCCACUCUCAGCCAGCACCAGCUGCUCAAGCUGUGCUCUGAACACAACGUUCCUCCGUUCACCAAGUUCAAAGUGUUUGACGCCAAACCCAGCUUAAAGACUCUGUCUGGUCUCCUGGAGUUUGACAGUAAAACUGAAGCUGUUGAGGCUCUGACUGUCCUCAACCACCACCAGAUCAGAAUACCCAGCAGCUCCAACCCCUUCACCCUGAAACUGUGCUUCUCCACCUCAUCCCACCUGUGACCCACAAACAAGACGGCUCCGCAGACGCAGAGAUCCUCCGGUGGAGAAAAUGUUUGAUUUACGAAAGGAUGAGCGGAGCGCUUAUUUGUAGGGUGUCUGAAUGAAUUUUGCAUGUUUCACGGCGGGUGAAGCACCUUGACAACGUUGUAGUGAAUUAAACCAGUGAUGACAUCAUACAUUUUGUUUUUAGUUAACAUUUUAUUACACAACCUUUGAUUUACAAUGUGACCCGUUUGAUUCAAUGAAAAUCCUUGAAGGUUCCUCCA